UCAGGAGGGCACAAUUCUGGGAUCAGGAGGGCACAGUACAGGGGGAUCAGGAGGGCACAAUUCUGGGAUCAGGAGGGCACAGUACAGGGGGAGGGGGAUCAGGAGGGCACAAUUCUGGGAUCAGGAGGGCACAAUUCUGGGAUCAGGAGGGCACAGUACAGGGGGAUCAGGAGGGCACAAUUCUGGGAUCAGGAGGGCAGAGUACAGGGGGAUCAGGAGGGCACAAUUCUGGGAUCAGGAGGGCACAAUUCUGGGAUCAGGAGGGCACAGUACAGGGGGAUCAGGAGGGCACAAUUCUGGGAUCAGGAGGGCAGAGUACAGGGGGAUCAG